UUAAAGAAGGAAGUGGUUCAGGCCGAGAGAGCAACCCGGGGAAGCUGGAAGCGGAACCUUGAAGGAGCCUGGAGAUUGACCCCUCUCCCAGUCCCCAACCCCUCUUUCAUCCGUGGGGGCUCUCAACUUCCAGGAGCUUCUCUCAUCUUCCAGCCUGAUGUCCGGCUCUACGUUAUGGCCCAAAGGUGCCUCAGCCCCACUGGUGCCCAUCGAGGAACUGGAGAACCCGGAGUUAAUAGGCAAGGGCGGAUUUGGCUCCGUCUUCCGGGCACAUCACAGGAGUUGGGGCUUAGACGUGGCGGUCAAGAUCGUGAACUCGAGGGCCAUAUCCAGGGAGGUGAAGGCCAUGUCCAGUCUGCAUAACAAGCAUGUGCUGCUCCUGCUGGGGGUCACCGAGAAGUUGGAGUGGGAGUACGUGUCUGGGCCGGCUCUGGUAACUCAGUUCAUGGAGAACGGCUCCUUGGCGGGGCUGCUACAGCCCCAUUGCCCUCGGCCCUGGCGGCUCCUCUGCCGCCUGCUGCAGGAGCUGGUGCUCGGGAUGUGCUACCUGCACAGCCAGAACCCAGUGCUUCUCCACCGGGACCUCAAGCCCUCCAACGUCCUACUAGACUCAGAGCUGCACGCCAAGGUGGCAGAUUUUGGCCUGUCCACAUUUCAGGGUGGCUCACAGUCAGGGGCAGGAUCUGGGGAGUCAGGGUGCACCCCAGCCUACUUGGCCCCAGAACUGUUGGCUAAUAUAAACCGGAAGGCCUCCAGGGCCAGUGAUGUCUACAGCUUUGGGAUCCUAACGUGGGCGGUGCUAGCCGGAAGAGAAGCUGAGAUAGUGUCCCAGACAUCAUUGGUGCGGGAAGCAGUGUGUGAGAGGCAGAUCCGGCCCCCACUGACUGAGCUGCCCCCGUCUGGGCCUGAGACUCCUGGCUUGGAAGAACUGACAGAUUUGAUGCAGCAGUGCUGGAGCCAUGAGCCCCAGAAGAGACCUUCCUUCCAAGAAUGCCGAACAAACACCAAGAAAGUCCUUGAUCUGGUAAAUAAAGGAGAUGUGUCUGGUAGAAAGAUGAAUAAUGCAGUCUCCAUGGUGAAGGAGUUCCUUUCUGAGCACAGGGGCAGCAACAGCCCAGGCCUGGAAAGGACAGAAAUAGAUGGUCCUAGGGAAACCACAGGAAGCCAUGAUCCCUUGGUCUCUGAAAUGAUGAACCUGAAUCUGGAGGGGUGCCCCAGCUCUGUUCCUGAAAAAUGUACAAACCUUCUUGAGAGCAUCAGGGUCCAGAGAGAGCAGGUUCCGCCUGCCUGGACCGCAGAGACAUCUUCAGAUUCAACAGCCCGACCUCCUCAGACUCCAGAGACUUUACCUUUCAGAAACCAGAAUCCCUGCCCCACCUCUGCUUGGACCCCAGGUCCUGGACCCCAAGGGAGUCAGGGGGCUGAGAGAUGUGACACCAGCUGGCCUCCCAGAGGGCCGGCACCGAACCUGCUACCAGGGUGGCUUCCUACCAUCUCUAACUGCCAAGGAAUACAGUUGGGAAACCACAACCACAUGGUUAUACAAGGAGGACCUGCCUUAUCCACGCAGGUGGAUAGGAGCCCUCAGUGCACCCUUCAUGGAGAAAGUUCAAAAGAAGGACUGCAAGAACCUGAAGCCUGGAGUGUGCCAAAGGACUGGUAUCAUAAUAGCAAGAAUUGAAGCAGCUUCUCAACUACCUCCUGGACUUGAGGCUGCAAGCCUAGACUUUCUCUGAGGGCCAUCAGGCCUUCACCCAAACUGUCUUUGUGGCCCUGGGAGGCAAUAAAUGUGUAAUUUUAACCAAA